AUGGCGGAGAUCAAGAUUGAUAGCCAGCUCUUCCAAGAGCGAAUCUCACAUUUUGUGAGUUCUUGGAAGAAUGAUGCUCGCUCUAAAGAAGGCCUCUUUAAUGGAGCUUCCUCUAUCAUCAUCCUCAUGGGCAAAGCAGAGGAUAGUCAAGACUUCCACAAGAAUAACGCCAUGCAUUUCUGGUUGCUGGGAUACGAGUUCCCCGCAACGUUGAUGCUUUUCACGAUGGACUGCCUCUACAUUGUCACGACAGCCAAGAAAGCCAAGCAUCUCGACCAGUUGAAGGGCGGCCGGUUCCCGAUCGAGAUCCUAAUUCGCGGUAAGGACGCAGCCGAGAACGAGAAGAUUUUCGUCAAGAUCGCCGACAAGAUCAAAGCUUCAGGCAACAAAGUAGGAACGCUCGCCAAAGACUUCUCCCGCGGACCCUUCGUCGACGAAUGGAAGAAGGUCUUCGCCGACCAAUGCAAGGAUGUCACCGAGGUCGAUAUUUCGCAAACGCUUUCCGUCGCCGCCUUCUCCGUCAAGGAUGAGACCGAGCUCCGCGCGAUGCGAACGUCGUCCAAGGCCUGCGUGGCCCUGAUGACCCCAUACUUCUUGGAGGAGAUGUCCAAUAUUCUGGAUCAGGAGAAGAAGGUUAAGCACAGUGCGCUUGCCGACAAGGUGGACAAGAAGCUGGACGACGACAAGUUUUGGAAGACUGUGCAGCUUCCCAACAAGUCCAAGCUCCCCUCCGAUCUUGACCCUUCGCAGUUGGACUGGGUUACUGGCCCUAUCGUCCAGAGUGGUGGUAAGUACGAUCUCAGGCUCUCCUCAGAGGCGAACGACGAUAUCCUGCAUCCCGGAACGAUUAUCGCGGCUAUGGGCCUUCGAUACAAGUCGUAUAGCUCGGCCAUCGCACGUACUUAUUUGAUCGACCCCAACAAGUCGCAAGAGGGCAACUACAAGCUCUUGUGCAACGUUCACAAUGCUGUUCUCAAGGAAAUCCGAGACGGCGUUGUUGCAAAGGACGUCUACGCCAAGGCUCUCAGCCUGAUUCGAGCCAAAAAGCCCGAUAUGGAGAAGCAUUUCCUGAGGAACGUGGGUUGGGGCAUUGGACUGGAGACCAAAGACACGACCAUGAUCUUGAAUGCCAAGAACAGCAGGACCCUUAAGGAUGGUAUGACCCUCUGUAUCACAACUGGCUUUUCCGACAUCGAGAACCCCAACCCGCAGGACAAGAAUAGCAAGAUCUAUUCUUUGAUGAUCAUGGACACGAUCCGCGUCACCACGACCGAGCCCGUUGUCUUUACCCAGGAAGCUCCCAUCGAGGCCAACUCGAACUCUUUCUUCUUCAAGGAUGAGGAGGAAACUCAGCCCACUCCCAAGAAGGAGAAGAAGGAUCAUCGCGUUGGCGCAGUCGCCACGAAGAACAUCACCCAGACGAGGCUGAGGUCGGAGCGGACGACACAAGUCGAUGAGGACGCCGAGGCUAAGCGACGAAAGCAUCAGCAAGAAUUGGCUGCUAAGAAGCAAAAGGAAGGCCUUGGACGAUACACAGAGUCUACCGGUGGCCAAAACGGUGUGGAAGUCAAGAAGUUCAAAAAGUUCGAAUCAUACAAGCGAGAUAACCAGCUUCCUCCCAAGGUUCGCGAUCUCAAGAUCGUGGUCGACUCUAAGAGCAACACCGUCAUUGUACCCGUUAUGGGUCGCCCGGUUCCGUUCCAUAUCAACACGAUCAAGAACGCCAGUGUCAACGAUGAAGGUGACUGGGUCUUCCUCCGCAUCAACUUUCUUUCGCCUGGACAGGGUGUGGGCAGGAAAGAUGAUCAGCCGUUUGAGGACGCAACGGCCCACUUCGUCCGGAGUUUGACCUUCCGUUCGGAGGACAAGGAUCGAUACACGGAUAUCGCGAACCAAAUCUCGAAUAUGAAGCGUGACGCCGUUAAAAAGGAGCAAGAGAAGAAGGACAUGGAGGACGUUGUCGAGCAAGACAAGCUCAUCGAGAUUAGAAAUCGUCGCCCUCCUGUCCUUGAUAACGUCUUCAUUCGGCCCGCGAUGGAAGGAAAGCGCGUCCCUGGAAAGUUGGAAAUCCAUCAGAACGGUAUCCGAUACCAAUCUCCGCUCAGCACCCAGCAGCGUGUCGAUGUACUCUUCUCCAACGUCCGCCAUCUUUUCUUCCAGCCUUGCGAACACGAACUUAUCGUUGUGAUUCACAUUCAUCUCAAAGACCCCAUCAUUGUUGGUAACAAGAAGAAGACCAAGGAUGUCCAGUUCUAUCGCGAGGCAACGGACAUCCAAUUUGACGAGACGGGCAAUCGCCGGAGGAAAUACCGAUAUGGCGAUGAGGACGAAUUCGAACAGGAGCAAGAGGAAAGGCGCCGUAGGGGGGACCUUGACCGAUUGUUCCACGGAUUCGCCCAAAAGAUUGCUGAGGCUGGUAAGAAUGAAGGUAUUGAAGUGGACAUGCCGAUCCGAGAACUCGGUUUCCACGGUGUACCCUUCCGAAGCAACGUCUUCAUCCAGCCGACCACGGACUGUCUUAUCCAGGUCAUCGAGCCUCCGUUUAUGGUUCUCACCCUUGAAGAUAUUGAGAUUGCCCAUCUGGAGCGUGUCCAGUUUGGUUUGAAGAACUUUGACUUGGUCUUUGUUUUCAAGGACUACAGUCGGGCUCCUUACCACAUCAACACGAUCCCGGUUGAACAGAUCGAGGACGUGAAAGACUGGCUCGACAACUCAGAUAUUCUAUACAGCGAAGGUCCCCUGAAUCUCAGCUGGCCUACCAUUAUGAAGACGGUUACCGCGGAUCCCUACCAGUUCUUCCAAGAUGGUGGCUGGUCCUUCCUUCAACAAGAGUCGGAUGAAGAGGGUGGAUCCGAUGAGGAGGAGGAGGAGAGCGCCUUUGAGAUUGACGAAGACGAACUUGAUGCCGCCUCUGAGUCUAGCGAGGAGGACUCGGAUUACGGUUCUAACGUCUCCGACGAAGAGGAUGAAGACGAUGAUGAUGUUAGUGAAGAUGAGGGUGAAGACUGGGACGAACUUGAGAAGAAGGCUCGCAAGCGAGACCGUGACAGCGGCCUCGAUGACGAGGAUAGGGGCCGAAAGAAGCGAAAGCAUUAA